GGUGUAUAUUUUUUUCCAAUAUGGUCAUAAUUUUCGUUGAAUGAAACUCCUGGUACAUUCAACUGAAAAUUGUUCAAGUUUUUUCAAUGUUCAAUCUAGAGUGCCAUAAAUAUAAGUUGAAAUAGUUCAUUUUGUUUCAAGGAAAAAAUAGUUCCAAUCGUCUUUGGGAAUUUUUAAAUGGAACAAGGUUGGGGCAAAAAAGUUAUAGACUGUAUUCACUUUCAGUUGACUCCCUGUAUGUAUGUCCAAUUAAAUGAAAAAAAUUAAUAAUUGCCUUUCGAUUUUACAGGUUGGUUCUCGAAAAAUCGUCGAGGAUGUGGUCGAUGGUUCAAUUCCCAGCACAAGUACUGGGAUCACUAAAGAGAAGGGAAAGAAACGGAAAUAUGCUGCUAUCCGUACAGUGGAAUGGGUCAGCCGAAAAGGAUCAAAGCUGAAUAAAUUCUUCGAAAAUGCUCAAGUGGGUGACUUAUUGAUCAACCAGGGGGAUAGUGUUACUUUACCCAAUGUUAAUGGAGAUGGGCCUGAACAAAUUGCAUAUGUCGCUUAUAUGUUUGAAGAAGGGAAGGAGAAAAUGUUCCACGCUCACUUUUACUUUAGAGGCUCAGAUACUAUAUUGGGUAGCAGAGCUAAUUGCAGUGAGCUAUUUGUGACUAAAUUUUGCCAAAAUGUCGAGUUAAGCAGCAUUAUCGGAAAGGUCAAGGUCAGCAAGAAAAUAUAUAAUUCCACAUGGCAACGUGAUGGUGGAUCUAAAGGCCAGAGCAGAAUACAAAAAAAACAGGAUAAGACGUCUUUUUAUUAUUCCAAAAUUUUCGAGAAAAAGACAUCCAGAUUUGUAGAUUUUGUUGAUGUCCCAGAAGCGAAAUGCAUGUCCUGCUUCUGGAAACAACAAGAGAAGGACCGUAAUAACAUUAAGGUUAAAACAACAGCGAAUGGUGAUCUCUUUGUGGAGGGCAAAGGCGAAAAAUAUUAUGUUGGAACCGCUGUAUUUAUAGAUUAUGAAAGGGAGCCGGUCCUGAAAGUACGGAAAAAGAAACAGUUACCGAAAAAGGUAGAGGUACCGAUAAAGAAAGAGCGACCGAAAACUAGAGUGAUGCCGAGAAGGAAACAGGAACCGGAGAGGAACGAGGAAAGUGAUAAGGAGAAUGUUUGUUUAACUCCAGCAAUCGUUAAUCGAUCAAAACGUUUAUUGAACGAUCGGGACAUGAGGUAUAUUUUUCCUGAAAAAUACCGAAACCCUGGUAGUCAUGAGCAUUUUGAAAGGCCUUGUGAACCUUAUACUGUUGGAGUUAUCGAAAAAAUUCAUAAUAAUGGUAGGACAGCUAUUAGAGAAUUUUGGAGAGUAGAAGAUACAACACAGACUCAUACAUAUGGCGAUCCAAAUUUAUUAUACUAUACUAAGUGCCUUUAUUACAUAGCAAACCUCACCGAAUGGGCGUCUGUCAUAAAGGGGAAAUGCUUUGUAUCUCAUACAAAGCAUAUUCCGGACAGAUUCCAGUGGAUUCAUCAGGGGCCAUAUCGUUUCUAUUUUGAACAAUCCUACAACCCCCACACUGAGGCCUAUGGAAAUUUGCCACAAGGUUCAGAGAAUAUAGGAUUACCUGGAAGUAAUCCAGAAUCUCCUGCACCUUGGCCAACAUUAGAAACCAAACUAAAUUGCAUGGACAUAUAUGCUGGGUGCGGUGGUUUGACGAAUGGGCUGGAACAAUCUGGUUGCAUUGAAACCAAAUGGGCAAUUGAAUAUGACUCUGAUACUGCAGACGCCUUCAAGUUGAAUCAUCCAACUGCAAAAGUUCUUGCGAGAGACUGCAAUGACGUUUUAAAUUUGCUUAUUUCAGGCAAACAGUCCAAACUAGGUCUGCCAAAGAAAGGCGAAGUUGAUGUUAUUGCAGGAGGUCCUCCAUGUCAAGGUUUCUCAGUGCUGAAUCAACAUGCCACUGCGGAUAAGUCACUUAAAAAUAACAGUCAGAUCUACACUUAUUUAGGAUUUAUCGACUACUAUAGACCAAAAUACUUCAUCUUUGAAAAUGUCGAAAACUUUGUGCAGACGGAUGAUGCACGCUAUUUCCAAAUGUUCCUGAAACGCGUUUUAGAAAUUGGCUAUCAGGUAACCUUCGGUAUACUGCAUGUUGGAAAUUUUGGAAUUCCACAAUCCAGGCACAGGAUUUUUGUCAUCGGCGCAGCUCCUGGUCUUGAAUUACCAAUUAUGCCCGAAAAGACACAUUGUUUUGGUCACUUUGAAAAAAAGAUCCAUUUCAUCAAGGUCGAUAAUGUUUUGUACGAUAAUGGUGGAGAUAUCGGAGUUUGGGGGUCAUUGCCCUUUCGAAGAACAACAGUGAGCGAUGCCAUAGCAGAUCUUCCUCAAAUAAAUUAUGAUAGCAUGUCAGAAGAAAUGCCAUAUGAAGAGAGACCCGACCUAUCUACAUAUGUCAGAUUUCUGAGAGAAAAUUGUCAGCCCAAAAAUUUAGUAAAGGACCAUGUCUGCAAGAAAUUUGAUCCCAUUUACCAGAAGCGAAUGGAGUUGAUUCCCCCUGGAGGAGAUUGGACCGACUUGCCAAACUUAAGACUCACUUACCUGAAGGGAGACGCAUAUACAUUAACGGACGUAUUGCAAUACUCUUACAGCACUGACAAGAAAGGCAAACCUGUAAAAAAAGUGGAGAGCCUUUCGGAUUUACCGACGAUUAUUCCAUUUUCAAUAGCCUCCACCGAAAGUGACUGGAAAGGCGUUUUUGGUCGAGUGACAUGGGAUGGUCAUUUCGAAACUGUGCUCACAAAACCAAACCCUUCAGGGUUCCAGGGACGAGUUAUACAUCCGGACCAACAUCGGAUAUUAACAGUGCGGGAGUGUGCGAGAGCGCAAGGAUUUCCGGACAGCUUCCAAUUUUGUGGAACUAUCCACAAAAAAUACCAGCAGGUGGGAAAUGCAGUUGCACCCUUGUUGGCAUUAGCUCUUGGGAGGACAAUAGGAAAAGCAGAGAUGACACACCACAACAAGUAAUUCAAGAACAUUUAUUGUGAAAUAAUAAAUCAUUUUCAUCGUUAUUAUUAAUUAUGUUGCAUAUCGGUGACUAUGGUUAAUUAUUAUAGUUGUUAGUUAUUUGUUAAAUUUAUAUCUUAGUUGUGUAAAAUGGUCGCGUUCACCUGCACUCAACAUGUUGAGUGCUGGUGAUCGCGACCGAUUUUCAAAUAUUAAUGUGAUACAUACCGAAGAAAAUAAAGCUUCUGUUAAAUUAAUGGAGAUGAUAAUUGAACCUGUUAAAGAGGAAAUGGAGCUUCUUCUUUAAUUGAUUCAAGUAUUUGAAGAUAUUUAUAACGAUUUGAUUUAUUUGCAUACUAUUUUUCCAAUAAUGAGGCAUGUCUCACGACAAUUGUUAUACAGAAAUAAAUAUUUUCAUAUUCCUUGGUUUAUAUUCGAAAAAUUGUAUUAGAAAGCUCACUUUAGUUACUUUUUAUCUGGGUAUAUGUAAAAAUGUAUUUGUAAUAGAUUUGUUGCAUUUAAAUGGAGAAUUUAUGUUUUUCAAGAAAAUAAACGUCUUUUUUUCUAUAUGAUAUUGAUAAUAAGUAUAUAAAUCAGGAAUUCCG